AACAUUAGUAACAAAUUGUGUCCGUCGUCUGCUAGUGUCCAGUAAUUUCUCGUGGGCAAAAAUGUUCAGUACAUAAAACAGUUCGUCGGUAUCGUGUUGUAGUGAAGUGCUUCUGCUUUGUUGAGGAAUUCUCACAGAAAUCGACAGAAAAAGGUUUUCAGUAGAGAUGGCAAGUAAAAAAUUGACACCGAGAAAAUCGGCGACAAGUUAUCGUGUAUGCACAUUAGAAAGCAUAUCAGAAGAAAGAGAAUUAGAAACUAGCAUCCAAAAUUCGACUUCUACUGAAUCUAGAAAAAAAGCAAUCCCAAAAAAAUUUAGCACCAAUUUUACGCCUUUCCGAAGUUCUUGGAAUACUUGCAGCUCCAAAACUACAGAAAAGCCAAAGUUCUCAGGAAUAUGCUCAAGAGGAAUUAUGAGGCAGCAAUUCGAUUCCCUCAAGAGAGAUUAUGAAGAACUUCUCGAAAUCAAUAGAUUGCAGGAGGUGGAGAAAAAAUCUGCUGUUUCGAGAGUCGUAGAGCUGGAGAAGAAAUGUCAGCAACUAAAGAACCUUUCACAGGAGAAUAUUGACAAGUUGAAUUUGGAACGUAAUAAUGCAGAACAAAUUAAAACGGAUUACGAAUUCUUGCUAGAUGAACAAAACAAAAAAUUCAAGCGGAGAGAAUUAGAACUAUUAGAAGAACUUGAUAAAUACGCAUCGAAUGUUGACGAUGAUAAAGACACUUCAAUUGAGAAUGAAACAGAUAUAUCGAUUGUAAAUAAAUUUGAAUACGAAGAGAUAACUGAAAAAUUGAAGUCUUUCGAAAGACAAAACGAUUUACUGCAGAGAAACCGACAAGCUAUUGAGUCACAAAAUAAAAUAAUGAAUAACACCCUCGCAGAGCUGAAAAAAUCUUACACUCAACUAGAAUUAAAAUACAAUGCCUUAAAAAAUAGCCGGCCCAAAUGGCUAAAUAUACAGUUGGGAAUCAAUGAGAAUUUCCCAAAAACUUUCAAUAAUUCCGAAAAACCGUCAAUGAUCACAAAAGAAACACAAACUGAAAUUAGUUUGGGACUGGAAGAAGUAUUCAAACAUGAGGAAAAAUCAGGCUGCGGAUCAGAACAAAUUAAAGAAAAAGGGGAUAUUUUUGAGCAGGAAGAAAUAUUAUUCGAACUCCAUAAUAUGUUAGGAAUGAAAUCAAGAAACUAUCAACUUCCUUCUGAAAUGAGGCUAUCGAAACAAAAAACAAUAUCGAAUGAUAACGAUACUCUAAAUCUCAAUAAAUUUUUACAUAAUGAAAAAUUCUUUGACGAGUCCCAAGAAAUUGGGAGAAAAAACGAAAGUUAUGCGCACUUCCUUUAUAUACUCAAAAUAUGUUUAGCAAACAUUUAUGCCACAUAUAAAAUCAGCUAUUCAGAAUACGUAGAUGUACAGGUCCUGAAUAACAGUAUCAAAAUUUUAAAUAUGUUAUGUACUCAGGCUAACAAUACUAUAGUAAAAAAUAAUACGGACUUCGAGGAAUACAACACUAUGAAUUUAAGCGACUCUGAAAAAAUAAAUAAAAACAUAUUUAUGGAAGAAAGAACCACGGAUGCAGAAUUCGAGCAGCUAAGAGAAUCUAUAGAGAAUUCCAAAAGAUUAUCGUCCAAAUGCAAUGGAAUAAAUGAUAAGAAAACAGCAAGUCUAAUUGAAAUAAUUGAAAAUCUUAGUGCGGAAAUUGAAGAAUUGAAAAAACAAAAUUAUUCACAGAAAUUUGAAUAUGAAAAAUUAUCCAAUUUGAUUCAAGAAAAGGACAGAGAUAUGAAUGAUAUUCAGAAUGAAAUAACUGAAACCAAGAAAGAAAAUGAAAAUUGUAAACAAUAUAUAAGUGAUCUCACAUCUUUAAUCGAUAAUCAGAGGUUAAAAUUGAAAAAUUUAGUUGAGAUAUCUUGUAAUAAUAAUAAUCUAAGAAACAAGACUAAUGAUAGCAAAUCAGGAACUGGAAAAGAAAAUCAUUUAGAAACCAAAGAUAUUGAUGUCCACAAAUCAGGGAACAAAACUUGGUACAUGGAUAUGAUUCAUUCACUCAAUGUUGAAAUGCAAAUGAAAAACAAUACUGAAAUGUUUGAUCAAAGCGUAGUUCAAUUGCAAACAAGGUUGAUAUAUUUGAAAAACGAUAAUAAAAGCCUCAGAGAAAGCAUUUCGAAAAUAAGGGGUCACGCGCAAGAAAUCAGAAGUGAGUAUGUGAAAUAUGCUAAUGAAAUUGAAGAGCACAUCAAAAAUUUUGAAGCAGACAUUCGUGAAACGAGAGAAGUUUACGAACGUACUUUUGAGUUGGUGAGAGAAGAAAUCAAGACAAAAAACUCACUUAUACAUACAUUGCAGAGGCAAGUGAAGGAAUGUACCGAGAAAAAUGAAAAACUCUAUAGCAAGAAAGAGGAUACAACUAAAACAAGGGAAUUGGAAAAAGAAAAUACUGAAAUCAAUUCAAAGAACAAAAGCGACAAAACAAAAAUUGAACAAGACAACAGGCGAACUUUUGAAUCUCGAAAGGAAUCGCAAAUCGAAACACAAAUUAUCCAAAAUAUAGAAAAACAAACAGUUUUUCGAGAGAAAGUUCUGACAAAUACUGAGGAAAGUAUCAAAUCGAUUGAAAUAGGGCAUUUGAAGUAUAGUAGUAAUAACUCAGGAGUGAAUAUAAUCGACAUAGUAGGAUUUGAAAAAUGGAAUCCGAAAUUUGAAGAAAAAAGUGAAAGCUGUAAAGUACAGAACUGUGAACCGAAAAAUUUGGAUGCUGGAAUUAUGGGGGAAUUCAAAAGAGGAAAUAGAUUUAAGCUAAGCAGAACUCGAGAAUAUGACAGCAGAAGGAACAUCGAUUUUAAUAGUUUACACGUUGAAUAAAAGGGCCAAAUUAGCAAUAAUUCAAGUGGCGAGGCAAAGAUAUGCGUUGGCAGAAUAAACACUUUUUACCAGCAGAAAUACGAAACAUACCAAAUUAGAACAAAUAGAACUUAUUGGAAAUGAUGAACCAAUUAAAAUUUGAAGAUCUAGUUCCUUUUUCCAAUAGGAAACACCCCAAUACAGGAAGAUAUGUAAAAUAAUGUAAUAUAGAUGUAAUAUAAAUUAAUAUAUGUACUUAAUUAAU